AUGAUCAUAUUGGGAGGGGACUUUAAUGUAGCCUUGAACCCGCUGGUAAAUACGUCAGACAGGAAGACUUCCCUACCCUAUCGCACGCUCAAAUUCUUGAAGACCAAACUGUCUGAACUGAGCCUCUGUGAUACUUGGAGAACUCUUCACCCAAAAGAUCUGGACUUCACGUUCUACUUCAAUUUACAUUCCAAGUACUCCCGCAUUGACUAUAUUUUUGUCACACAGAGGGACCUACCAACAAUCACUCGCUCGUCCAUAGGUACCAUUGCUACCUCGGACCAUGCGAUGGUGUGGACUUCCUUUACCUUAGGGCCCCCCAUCCCGACAUCCCGGACAUGGAGACUCAAUUCUUCCUUACUGACAGAUUUAGGGACAGUAGCUUCCGUUACGGAUGACCUGAAAUCUUACUUUACCUUAAAUGUGGGCAGCGUGUCCUCCCCAAUGACGGAUAACCUGUGCAUACCCUGCCACCUCAUAGCUAAAGCCAAGAGAACUCCAGUGACUACUUCUCCCCUGGGUACAUUCCGACACGAGGACCUGGACAGGGCCUACUGCUGUGGAGGCUGUGUCAACCACCCAAGACACUUGGCUCUGCUCACCUCCGACAUGUGCAAACUCCAAGAUGCAGUUACCUCUCUCCAGCAUCCGAUGGAUGACCAGAAAAAUCACCUCUGGAGGUCCAACGUCCAGGUGGUGUGGUUCCCACAGAAGUGGUACUGUCAGAGACCAUCUGUUAUUGAGCAUGCGCGGAGUCCCGUUUUCCAUACCAUUGUAAAACGGGCACUUCUGUGCAUGCGUCCAGAUAUGUUUUAUUUGGGUAACAACACUGUGUCUGAGUUCACCAUCAUCGGAUUUCCAUCUUUGUAUCAUUAUGGUACACUUUUGUUUGUGUGCCUUCUUAUUUUUUAUCUUCUUACUAUAGCUGGUAAUGUGACUAUAUGCGUUCUAGUGAAGGUAGAUACAUGCCUCCAUUCUCCGAUGUAUAUGUUUAUUAGUGCUCUGUCCUUCUUAGAGAUCUUUUAUACAGCAGUUACCAUUCCAAAGAUGUUGGCCAAUCUCCUAGUUGCAAACAAAAGUAUAUCGGUUAGAGGCUGUCUCUUCCAGACAUAUUUCUUCCAUGUUUUUGGAUCUUGUGAGUGCUACCUUCUUACCACCAUUGCCUAUGACCGGUAUCUGGCCAUCUGCCACCCACUUCACUAUUCUUCUAUCAUGACCUCCACAAUGACCAUUAAGUUAAUAGGUUCCUGUUUCACUCUUGGCUUUCUUUUUCCACUCACUGAGGUCAUUCUGAUUUCUAGACUUUCUUUUUGUAAUAGUAAAAUGGAACAUAUCUUUUGUGACAUCUCACCAUUGAUCAGCUUGGCUUGCGGUGACACCUCCAUCAACAUCCUUGCUGAAUUUGUAACAAAUUGUUUCACCGUAUUCUUUACCUUUUGUUUGGUCAUGACCUCCUAUAUUAGGAUCAUCAUCGACAUUAUGAAAAUAAAGACAUCUGUUGGACGAAUGAAGGCUUUCUCCACCUGCGCGUCUCAUCUGACUGUAGUAUUGCUGUUUUUUACCUGUACUGUGUUUAUGUACAUUCGACUAACCAAGAGCUACUCUUUGUACUCUGACCGUGCAGUGUCGAUACUCUAUUCAGUGGUCACUCCUAUAUUAAACCCUAUAAUAUACAGUUUUCGAAACCAGGAGGUGAGACUUGCUGUUAAAAACAGGAUGUGUCAAAGAAGGAAAGUGCAGAUGUAG